AUGGCUUCUCAAAGCCCUCGUGAUGGCCAUCUCGAUGCUGCAGCCGGCCGUGAGGUGGUCUUUUGUCACGCCUGUUCCAACGAAUGGUAUCGCGAGGACCACGGACUGAUGUGCCCAUAUUGCGAAAGCGAAAUUACAGAAAUUGUGAGCCCUGAGAAUGACCCCCGACAUAUGGAUGAUUCGUCAGGUUCUACGUCUCCGGGAUUGCCACCGCUACGAUUUGCAGACGACUCAGACCCAGAGGAAGCAGAUAUAGAGGAGCAUAUGGGUCCGCACGGCUUUAGCUUCCGGAGGAGCACUCGAGCCGGUCCAAAUGACAUACAUCACGAUCCGUCGAUCGAUCCAGUAGUGCAGCGGUUCCAGGAUAUAAUACAUAGCCUAGGUCAACCUCCUCGCCGAGCUCCGCCUAUCAACUUGUUCGGCCGACCAGAAAACGAUACCUUUGGACCCCCUCGAGUCCAUCGUACUACAUUCACAUCCGGACCCUUCGGUGGAGGAACCGCAUCGGUUACGAUAUUUACUACACCCGGGUUCGUGUCUCGCGGUGGUCCUGGUAGUGGUGGUAUCGGUGGCGUUGGCGGCGAUGGCGAUGAGGAACCCUUACAUCGGGGAAACAUUGAUCCUUUCCAAGCCAUCUUUUCCAAUGUCAUUCGUGAUAUGGGCCCGCCGGACCGGCCUGGUGAAGACAGUCCUCAACUUGGGAUUGCUAGGGGUCUGCGAGAGAUUCUGAAUCUCUUGAACACGGGCAAUACUAGGAUGGGCGAUGUUGUGUACUCUCAAGAGGUAUAUGAUCAAAUUCUCACAGGACUUGGGGAGAUGUACGAGUCCAGCAACCGCCCUACGAGAGUGUCAGAUGAAAAAAUCGACCAGUUGCAACGCACCACCGUGGACGAAGAAUUCUUGAAGCCCGGAGGCAAAGAAUGCUCGAUCUGUUUAGAAGCAAUGGAGCUGAAUGACGUGGCUACAAAUCUCCCCUGCAAGCAUUGGUUUCACGAUAAGUGUGUUGUGCCGUGGUUAAAGGUGGGCAAUACAUGCCCGGUUUGUCGAACCCCGGUUGAGGCGCCGGAGCAAGCACAAGAGAACAACAGACAAGGGAGCAGCACAGGCGGUGCCGCUGCAUCUGGAUCAAACAGCAAUCCUCUUCAUCCCAAUGCCUCUACGCCAACUGCAAGUUUUAGCCGGCAUAAUUCGGAUCAGACCCGAAGUCCUGGAAGUAGACCUACCGACGGCGCGGACACCCCCACGGGUAGAGCAGCGGCAGACAUGGUUUCGUCAGUUAGUUUGGAACCCCAGCCUCGGCCAUCCAAUCCAAGCCAAAGCAGAUUGAACGAGGCUCUCCGUAGCGUGGCAAACCUACAGCGAGAACAGAAUCAUGAUAGACGGAAUCGGGCAACCACCUCUGGGUUCAGCUAUGACACGUCGCGACUGCAGCGUAGGACGUCGCACUCGCCCCCAAGUCCAAGGGCGACCAAUUUGACAGAGCAGGGAGCUCGGAUGCGACAAAGGAGCCCUUCCGAAAGUGACAGGCGAGGAAACGGAGAUCGAGAGCCUCGGCGACAAUCUGGCGCGCUUAACUGGCUUCGAGAGCGAUUGGGCGGUAGCAACGGAAGCGGAAGCACUCAAGGUCAAACCCGGGACCAGCAACAACCUUGA